ACUAAAAUCUGAAAAGAUUAAAAAAAGAAUGAAGAAGAGGGCAAAGGCAGUGCAGUGGCGAGAAGGACUGAAGGAGGCUGAAGGCAAAGAGAAAGAACUGAAAGAAGAAAAAGAAGAAGAAUGCAAAGCCCAAGUCCUCUACGAAGACAGAGAGAGAGAGAGAGAGAGAGAGAGAGAGUCACCUGUGUUAGUCUGUAAGAAAGAUUUUUUCUGUUCUGCAAGACUGCUGCAACUGUGUGGCCGUGUGGGAGAGACAAAGUUUCAGACUUUUCAAUUUUUUCGCCGUGUACAAGUUACCGUUGAGAUAAGAAGAAACUCAUAACAAUGGAUGCUGGAAUGUUCAAAGCUGCAAUUGAUGGGAAUGAUGGUUUCUUUGAUGAAGCUGGUAGUGUGAAUCUAAAUCUCAGGCGGGUGACAGUGGAAGGGAACUCUGUUCUUCACUUGGCAGCAAAAUCUGGAAAUGCGCAAAUCACGAAAAGGAUCCUCGCGAUCGAUUCACAACAAUCACUUUUGUAUGAGAAAAAUUGGAAAGGCGACACUGCACUACAUAUUGCAGCGAGGUUAGGGCAUUUCGACAUGACAAAGCUUCUAAUAACUAGUGCAAAUGACCGAGAAGUUGAAGUGAAAAUGGAGCUACUAAGGAUGGAAAAUCUGGAGAAGAAUACAGCAUUGCAUGAGGCUAUAAAAAAUGAUCAUUAUGACAUUAUGCAGUUACUAGUUAAGGAAGACCCAAGUUUGACUUUUCUUACAAAUAAUGCUGGGGAAUCUCCUCUCUUCCUGGCAGUGGAUAGAGGAUUUUACAAAAUUGCUAUUCAUAUCCUAGAAGCUGUUCCAGAAUGCUCCAAUGUGGGAAGGAAAAGCAUGAAUGUCUUGCAUGCGGCUGUCAUCCGUACACAAAGAAGCAAACGGUUUAAAGCCAUAGAGGAAAAGGCUGACUGGCACAGUCAUACUCUCUUAUGUAUCUAUCGUUUCCUUCGUGCUAUUCUCAAGCUCUCUAACUCAGAAAAUGAACAAGCUCCAAAACUUGGCAUGACAAUAUUAGAUUUUGUGGGUAAGUUGUUAGAAGCUUGUCCAUCUGCAAUUGUAGAAGCGGAUGACUUUGGCUGGAUUCCUCUUCAUUAUGCUGCACAUUUUGGCAAUGCAAAAUUUGUCAAUCUAUUUUUGAAAAAGAACAUGUCCCUUGUUUACAUAAAGGAAAAGGCAGGCAUGUCUGCCCUUCACAUUUCGGCAAAAGAAGGGCAUGUUGACGUAACAAGAACACUUAUUACAGAAUGUCCAGAUAGUUGUGAAUUGUUGGACAAGAAAGAUAGGACAGCUCUUCAUCUUGCUGCAGAAAGUGGAAAUAGUAAACUGGUGAAGGUCUUCCUACAAACAUUGGCUACUGAGGAUCUCAUAAAUCAGCAAGAUAAGGAAGGAAACACCCCUUUUCAUCUGGCUGCCAUGGAAGGGCGUUAUGCACUAUUAAUGAUGUUGGUAAAAGACAGGAGAAUCGAUUGGAUGGCUAUGAACAAGGCAGGGAUGAGUACAGUUGACAUUAUUCAAUCAGUUUAUCGUCUUAAGUCAGGAAAAAAGGAAAAAUUCAUGUCAAAGUUGAAUAGAGACGACAUUAGAUUGAGUUUGGAACGAAUCGUUGACAGACAUACUAUGGAAGUACAGACUCUUGAUACAGAAGGACAUGGGCAAUUAAUUCAAGAAACAGAGAGAAAUGAGACUGCAGAGCAAAAUAAGGUGAAAGAUACAGCCCUUAUUGCUACAAAAAAAAGACUCAAAAGACAAGAAGCUAUUCGGAAAAUGAUCGAUCUCAAUUUCGUUGUAGCCACAAUCAUUGCAAGUGUCACCUACGCAGCGGUCAUACAGGUGCCUGGUGGAAACGACGACGACGACGGUGAAGCUACUUUAAGAGAAAAUAAAUAUUUCAAAAUAUUUAUGAUUUUCAACGCCUGCGCUUUUGUGUUUUCGCUGCUCUCAAUGUUAUUCCACUUUUGCAUUGGCCAUGUUAGCCUUAGUAGCAGUAUCGGUCUCAUAUACGCAUCGUUAUGCUUCACGUUCACUCAGUUUUCUCUUCUCGGCAUUACCGGUGCCUUUUUUUUGUCCAUGCGUGCAGUCUUAACCAAAAGCUCGGCGUCUAAGUCGGGCGGUGGUGGACUAACACCGCCCAAGGUUGUCCCCGAGCACUCUCAAUCCAAUGAUUCCAAUGUUUUCAUUGAAUAUUGGAUUGGUCUUCUUUUUGUUUUUUUAAUCUUUGCGGCUGUCUUUAUAAGAAUGAACAAAAAAUUGGUGGUUUCAAUUUUGAAGGAGUCUUAGCUCUAGGUCCAACUUUGACCAUAAGCAUUACAUGUUCACAUAUUCAUUGUGUAAUCGGUGGGCUCAAAAGCACCUGAAUUUGUCCUUGGUCUUAUCCUCUCUCACUGUCAUAUGUCGUGUGAUUUCAUUCCAGCAAGCUUUCUGCAGAACCGAUGUGGUCUCUUUACCGCAACAACAUGGAGUGCUCCGGCCAGCAGACUAUUUUUUUACUUUCUGUAUCUUUUACCUGUAUCCGUAUUUAAAUAAGAAUGUCCACUGGAAUUUGCUGUAUCGCCCUCUACGUGAUUGAUUGUUUUUGGUUUGUGAACAACUUAUCAUUUUUCAGGAGAUUAUAUAUAUGUAUGGUUGUGUUUAA